AGAAGAUGCGGUGGUGGGCGGGAGCUAGGAUUGCGUGUAGCAGAGGUUGGUGGCACUGCCUUGACGAGUGUGUGAGAGAGAGAGAGUGGGGUGGGAAGAGAAGAGAAGGAAGUGAAUGCUUCUGAGCUGCAAACGCGCGGUUCCAAGGCUGACAAUCAAUCACGGCAACGCGGGCACAGCAGCAGAAACAGCAGCAGCAGCAGCAGAAACAGCAGCAGCAGAGGCGGCAGCAACAGCAAGAGCAAGGCUUAAGUUUCUCACAGCCAGCACUUGGUACAAAAACACUACUCCUCAACCUGGAAGCAUGUCAGUGCUGGCGCUGCAGGAAUAUGAAUUCGAGAGACAAUUCAACGAGAGAGAAGCCAUUCAAUGGAUGCAGGAAAACUGGAAGAAGUCUUUCUUGUAUUCAGCUCUAUAUGCUGCAUUCAUAUUUGGUGGUCGGCACAUGAUGAAACAACGAACAAAGUUUGAGCUGCGGAAACCCUUGGUACUGUGGUCACUGAGCCUUGCCCUCUUCAGUAUUAUCGGAGCUGUGCGUACUGGAGCGUACAUGGUGUAUAUCCUGACAACCAGUGGCUUGAAGCAGUCGGUAUGUGAUCAAGGUUUCUACAAUGGGCCGAUCAGCAAAUUCUGGGCAUAUGCAUUUGUGUUGAGCAAAGCACCUGAGCUAGGAGACACAAUGUUCAUUAUAUUACGGAAACAGAAGCUGAUCUUCCUGCACUGGUACCAUCACAUCACAGUCCUGCUGUACUCCUGGUACUCUUACAAAGACAUGGUGGCUGGAGGAGGGUGGUUUAUGACCAUGAACUAUGGCGUGCACGCUGUCAUGUACUCGUACUACGCUUUGCGAGCUGCUGGCUUCCGAGUCUCGCGCAAGUUUGCCAUGUUCAUCACUAUGACGCAAAUCACCCAGAUGAUCCUGGGCUGCGUGGUUAACUAUUUGGUGUAUGAGUGGAUGCAGCAGGGCCAGUGCCCGUCCCAUAUGCACAACAUUGUCUGGUCUUCCCUCAUGUACCUCAGUUACUUUGUGCUGUUUUGCCAGUUUUUUCACGGGGCCUACCUGAGCAGCAGCACCGGGAAAGCACUGAAGGCCAACUAGAUCUGAGUGGCUAAAGGUUACAGCUCAGGGGAUAUGUUAUGUGGCACGGUGACAUGUUUCAAGUGCUUCGAAAUGACUGCCUGUAUGUGUUAGGUUGGUUUAAUCCAUUUGAGCUUGCGAUACCUCGUUGAGAUCACUCUUAGAAGUUUCAAAUGAUUGAAAUAACAUAAUGCAGAAAGCAUUCCUUUAGAAGGUCGUGUAAUGUGAUAGGCUGCACAUUGAACUGUCAUGUUCCAAUAUUGGUGCUUUGCAAACUGAAUUUUUUGAAGAAACUGUCAACUGAGGUAUAAAAACAUCUUAUGGGGUUAACUCAAUUAAUCUUGAAUCGGAAGGUUUUCUGAAGGCCAGCUAGAACCAAAAGCUUCAAGAAAAGAUUAAUGAUUUUAAAAUCUUAAUUUUAUGUGUUAAUCAAAACAAAUGGGUCUGCACUGAAAAUUGUUAGCAAUUUCUAGACCAUAGUGACCCUGCCGAUUUAAAAUGUAAUAUUCUGCCUUUAGAAAUACCCAAUCUCUAAAAAUGUGUAUUUUUCAAGGGCGUUUGGUUACACAAUCAUACGGCCUCGAGAACUACGAUUUGCACUGUAAAGUAAUUCUGCAGAAGAGAAAUGGGGGUUUUACCAAGAACAAAUAGAUAUUGCAUUUUAGAGGUGAUCGAAUAUAUCUGCAGGGUUAAAACAUUUAUGUCUGCUACAAUGUAAUCUUUCACAUAGAUUUCAAUCCUGAAGAUUAACAUUAGGCUAUUUAAUAUUGGCAAACUGCAGAAUAUUUGUAUGAAAUUCCUGUCUCUUUUAAUGUGUUAACCUUGUAUGUUGUUAACAAAGGACUAAAAUAAGGGAAAGAGAAUUUUCAUGUGAGUGCAUUCAGAGGUAUUACUUUAGUCACAUUAGUUGUGCUAAAGUAUUAAUAUUGCACAGUGCAGUUUCAUUGCACUCUGUAAUUGUAUAUGCCGAAUGUGUAAAUCUGCAACAUUCACCAACCAGUUGUCACUAGGCCUGUAGUAAGGUUUAAGGCAUCUUUCCUUGAAUUUUAGUUUCUAUGUUUCUUAGACAUGUAAAUCACUUAAAAAAAUCUUUGUGCACAAUGAUUCUAUCUCUAACCACUCCAGGAUUAGAUGUGUAUUCAACCUCGGCCUAACUCAUUUAGUUGUAUGGCUCCUUUCCAACUGUUUCAGAAACUCUUUUCUCCUUUCAGAUUGAUCUCUAUUAUUUCAAUGAUAUUCCAUUUUUUCUUCAUUCUUGCUAGCGUUUAAACACUUCUGAAAUUAAAGAGCGAUGGUUAUUUGUGUUAGCACAAGCUAAGUUAAGCAGUUUGAACAGUUGUAAUUUACAAAAGUGGUUAGGGGGUGUCAUAUGCACACAGCAGAAUUUGGGUUCUACAAAGAUAUUUAUAUAAACAUGUUAUGGGAUACUUUUACAGAUAUUUUUACUUGUAUUUUUUGAUACUGUGGUCUUAUUGAUAAAUGAUUCAAUGUAAAUAAAUUCUAAAGCACAGCAGCUUUGAUGAACAUUAUUUAACCUGCUAACAAUAAGAGAUGAUGACUUAAAAUAUUUUGACAUGUCAGAUUAAGAUACUCAUUCUUAAACAUGAGUUUCUUUGAGGGGGGAAAAAAACCCAAUCCUCCUUAAUGCUACAAUGGUUUUGGAAGGUGGAAAUUAAACAGCUAAAAUGUGUAACUUGCUCCCAGGAGGACACAAAUUAUUGUGUAUCCUUAAUAAACCAAGUGUGUUCAAGCACUGAACAAGCAUCCUCUCAACUAGAAAUCUGUUUCCCAAAUUACAAUAUGUGAACUGCUGAUGCUGAAACAAACAAUAAAUAUUUUUAUUUGGGUGUUUAGUAGUUUGCGUCUUUUAAUUAACAAGCUAAUUAAAUAUCCCUUCAAGGUUACUAAAACCUAAACUGUACUUGUAAUUAAUAUGUUGCAUCAUUACAGAUCAAAGAUUUAAAAAUAAUCAUCUCCAUCUGGAGAAAGAUACUUUUAAUCUGUACAAAGAAAAAAGUUGUUGCAAUUAUUUUAGAACAUUUCUAUAGAUGCAUUUCUAAAAGAAAUAAAUAAUUCUUUGGUUGAUUAAGUCAGAUUUUUAGGUCAUGGAACAUGCA